AUGGCCGCCGCUUAUCUGAAUGACCUCCACGUCAUCGGCCUCAAACUCUUCGCUGCCACCAAAAGAAAAGCCAUCCAGGUUGCGUAUCCUUCACCCCCUUGUAGCCAACAGGCGCAUCACAUCCGUCGACAAAGUGACGGCAGCUGCGCACGUCAGCAUCCAAGGCAUUGUCGUGUACUCCACAACCGACAAAUAGACCACCAGCCAAGCCGAUCUUCAGUAUCAGCGCCGCGUCCCGCCCGGCCAGACGGACGGACUGGCACCCUUCAUAAAUUGUCGUUGGAUUGUCGAAAUGGCCGCUAAGAGAGAAAUGCUGUACAUAACAUCCAAAUCGGCUGGAUUGCGUGGGGCCGUCUGGCAGCCGGACGCCGUCAUUGAUGUACGCGCCGAACACAAAGCGGUCCUUGCGGAUAACAAUGGCAAGGCCGCUCGCACCGCCCACACAGCGGAGCAAAUCUCCAAAACGGCCACCAUCACGAGAGGCCCUGGAAAGGAGAACAGUGGCAAUGACGCGAUCACCCAAGAGAUAGAGAGGUAAGAUGGAGUCUACCUGUAUAGAAGCUUCCGACUGCCUGAUUCCGGCACCCUGAGGCAGCAGGUGAGUGCCGCAGACUCCAACGCACACAGCUUGCUGCCCUCGAUCGUCUGAAGGGAGGGAAGGCACGCACAGCGCACACAACAAGUAACGGUACCACGCGACAUUUUAUUUUGUCCCUUGUCUGACCUGCGGUGGCGGGAAUGAAAUGCCAUCAACACCAAUGAUCUCCAACUCGUCAGCCAGAAUGCUAUCCGAACGGCGCGCCUGGAUAAUCUGACGGCAGCUACGGAUGCUUGCACAGCGAUCGUGCUCACUCCAGCCCAAACAAAGGCCAUCUCUCCAGCCGACCAUCAGCUUUGCCGCCCCAUCCACUCCCUCCUUCACUGCCCUCUGAGGCUCCCGCCCAGCCGCAAACACAAAUUCUCGGCCUUGCUUGAUGAUUCUGAUCCUGCCCAAGUGGUUGGCGAAAGAAAAGCGCCACACAUCGCACGUGUACAGGUUGGCUUGGCUUGGGUCUCGAUGCAGCUUGAUGCCGUCUUUGAUGUAGAUGCCAAAGCAAUGGUGACCGUUGCGGAUGACGAUCACGAGGGGGCUAGCAUUGCCGACACAGCGGAGCACGUCGACAUAGUCUUCACCAUUGGCAGAGGCCCUAAUGACAAGACCAUAAAGCGACAAAAACGUCCAAUUCGGUGCCUCUGACUUGGGUCGCUCUGUCUUGUGUACCUGUACAACAGUGUGAAACUGCAUUGGUCGAAGAUGGAUGGCACGAAUAGAGAGUAGAGGCCCUUGCACUCUGCCGGACUCAUGCUGCUGCCAACGAUGACCUGCACGCAGACAGACGCGGGUCUUGGAGACUGUUGUGCAUUCUUAAUUCUGAUGUGGACGCAAUCAUGCCAUGUGCAGACUCUCACUUGAGGGUCGGGCGAUCGGUCGUCUCCGCUCGUCGCGCUGUGAGUUGAGACGGCCGUGACAUGAGUACUUGCAUCGUCAGACACACUGAGCAUGUCACCACCAUCAUUCUCCUGAUGACACAUCAUAGAGAAUGGGAUGCGUCCUAAAGCAGUCGAUAGGCCUCCUUGUAUCUGUUUGACCUCUGGGAUGUCACUGAGGCGACCGUCAGCAGUCGGUGUGACUGCCGACUUGACCGAAUUACCAGACCACAACUGCACACACACACUCAGAAUGCCUCCCCGUCUGUGUGGGUAUUCAUUUGAUUGCGUUUCACUGACCUCAGAUGGCAAGCCCUCUCGGCAGCUGCGUGUGUCGCUCCUACGAAUCUUGUUCGGCGGCCUCUCGUUGGUCAGGCGGCUCUCUGACGGCGCCUUCUGAAUGGCAACACAGACAGCUCAAACAAGCCGCUACAGGUGAGCCCUCUUGGUUUACUUACGCCCAUGGUGUCGUGCUCUGAUGGCUGCGACUGUUGGUCGAGUGGCCGAUCGCUGGCAGCAGCAGCAUCGUCGUCUGGUGGCCAGAUGGUGGUCUGCAGUCAACCGAAGAGCAAGUUCCCUCAGUGGUCAUCUCGUCACUUCUGUUGCGUCUGAGUACCUGGCGGCUGAGAUCGUUGUUGCGUCCAAUGAAUCCGUCUGCUUCUCGCAACGCAGCUGACUCGUCAACCACUUGACUCUGCAGGCAGCAGGGGAAAAGACACAUGGAAGAACUACGCGAAUUGUCGUACGUCACGUGUUGUUUCGUUUCCUACCUGCUGGUCGCUGACGCUGUCGCCUUUUCGUGGCGGUACUGGGGGAGACUCGGUGUUACCGUCAGUGCUUGCCGCAGCGACAGGUGGCUCCGAAGACGGCAAAGGACCCUGAGAGGGUAAACAUGAAUCGUCGAAAGGCGAAUCUCUCACUGCGGGCGCUCUGUCUGUCUACCUGCAUAUCAUUGGUAGUGUCAGCAAGGGAUGAUGCAGGUGAGGCAGACGGCCCGGGAGGAUUCUGAAGAGAGAGGGGCACGCAGACAAUGAGGGAUCGAUGAACCCUGGACCUGUGGGACUGACUCGCCGUCUUCCCACCUGCUGGCAUCGCUUCCUGAAGGCUUUGACCCAUGACUUGGUCCCCUUGAAGCCAAUGAUGUCCAGCCGACUGGCGAUCUCCAUCGCCAUGGCACGGAUGUCCUCUGUAGGGACACUUGUUGGGUUGUCAUGGGUGGCCAUCCACUGCCGCAUCUCGUUCUCGAUCUGCUGGUACUUGGGCGGUGUAUGGCGUUUCUUGGUCGGGUCGAUGAAUGGCAUGCCGCCCUCCCUCUGCUUCUCUUCCUGCCGCUUGGCGCCUCUGAGCCAGUUUGCGAAAAGGUAGGGCGGCAAGCGCUUCUCUCUUGCGAAGUCGUCUGCUGUGAUCUUCUCUCCGCUCUGCUUGCGCUGGUUGAAUUGUUCCACCAAGCGCAGCCGCUCUUCGAUAGAGACCUCCUCUUUCCUCCGACGCAUCACCUGCAGACACACAAGUGUAAGGCUUAGCCUGUUGGUUCUCAGAGCAACUGGUGUGUCGAAUUGCCAGGGUUAUCUGUGAGGAUCGUUGACUCGUUGGUCGUGUAGACGACGGGGUUGGAGGGAGGGACCCUGCACGCCUUGCUGCACCCUGUUUGUUCGUUUGCAUCUCUUUCUGCAAACGAAAAUUGCCCAGUUUGACAUUGCCAAAUGCCGUGUGGGAAGCCUGCUGCCUUAGAGCACCUGAACGAUGGCGAUCAAGUGGUCAAUCACACGAGAGCUGUCAUCGCCGCGUUGGGGACUCCGAGGCGCGGACGCAGCUUCAGGAUGCGAGCUUGACAUUGAAUCAGAGGGGAUUGAACUCAAUCGAAAGAGCAGAUAGCGAUGCUGUAGCGGCCGCUGGCACAAGACGCUUCCACGAAUCGCCCUUUCCAGCGUUUUCCGGGCCAGCUUUUCAUUGGUGUUGCGGUGGCGGGACCUCGAAUUACGGCCGCGACU